CAGUACAUAGCUUGCGGACCGAAAAAUGAUAACACGUGUCGUCCAACGUCUUCAACGAGCCCUGGGUAUCGGCAAGGAACGGUUCUACGUUGGAAAUGACUUGGCUGGAAAUAGUUACUAUGAGAAGCAUCUUCCGAAUGGAACAGAGCCGCGUCCGAGACGAUUUGUAAAUUUCAAGUCAAAUGAGAAUGAUCCUACAAUGUACCGUACUCAUCAUCUCCCACCACAAUGGUCAGCCUGGUUAUCAUUCACCAGAAAACAACCACCAACGAUUGAUGAACUCGAAGCCGAUCAGCUGCGAUUAUCUCAACUCCGGGAAAACGUACGGAAGUUAGAGAUACAGGAUCAAGCCCGAAAGCAAGCCCAACAGUUAGGCCAGGAGAACGCUUCUUCUGGCCUUGAUAAUGCUUCAUUACCAGAUCUCCGAGAAUCUAUCAAUCCUGUUGACGAUCAUGCAGAGUUGAAUAGGAAGCGAAGGAAAAUGAACGAAAGCCCUCUGGCUGCAUUCACCCUUCAACCGCAAACCAACCCCGAUCAAACUUGGCAGCCACAGUCAUGGAACCCUCAACAGACUGCCCGCAAGUAAUUCCAACCAGUCCCCGCAUCAACACUUGUCAAACCCUCUCACAUUUUCAUUAAGAGCUACUUUUGUCGGCGUUUAUUGUUGCUUUGUGUAUACGUAUAUAUUAUACAUGUUUGAGCUCGUUCAGUCACGUCUGUAGCUGAGAUUCAAUUGGUGAAGGAAUAAUUUCUUUACCCUCAUACGCUGUCCAUCAUUUCAAGAGAAGCAAAAAAUGGUGUAUUGCUACUAACAGCUUAACUGAAAUUCUGCUGAUCAAGGUAAUGAUCUAUUGUUCAAGUUGUAGGUCAGCUAUCUGUUUGGAGAAAGUCUCUGGGGACUGUAGUGUGUCCUUCCCUGGCCAGUUUAUGAAUACAAAACUCAGCAGUUGCUCAUGGAAUGUUGCAUUCAUUCAUUCAUUUUUUUUCUUUUUUUCACAUUACCCAAGCCAUCUACUACCCAGAUGAUUUCAAGUGCCUUCCAAUCAUUUUG